UAGCCUUAUUCAUUCAGUUCACCCACACUCACUCCUAGCCACCACCGUCUUCCCUCUCUCUUUUUAUUUUCCCGCCCAACAAAAAAAGGAAGCAAUGGCCAAGAAGAAUCAAGUUGCCAGAAAUGAGAGAGAACGCAAGCGAGUUCAUCAGGUAAACCAUGGUUUCGACGUGCUCCGCAACCGUCUUCAACCAAAGAAUCAUACCAAGAAAUGGAGCAAAGCAGACACCCUUCGUGAAGCUGUCAAGUAUAUUCAACAACUUCAGGUUCUUCUCAAUCAAGAUCCACAGCAACCAUCAGUUUCUUCUUCAACUCCCGACUACACGAUGAACAACAGCAACAACUUCAACAAUUAUGCCGUAAAAGAAGAAUUCUCGAUGUAUUUGCCUCAAAACUAUUGCCCACAAAAUCAAAUGUCAGUACCUCAUGGAGAUGUUUCCCAUAACUUCAAUUCUCCAACAUCAUCAGUUUCCUCAUCUUCUUACUCACCAACUCAAAUGUGUUAUCCUCCAGUUUCAUAUUCCAAUUAUCCACACCAUUAAUUUGGAAAAUCGAUAUUUUAGUAUUCCCUUCUUAUCAUUCAAAGAUCUGGUGCAUUUACGGGUCUCCAUACUGUUUUUGUUUUUAAUAUUAAUUGUUAGAUUUUUUUCCAAAAAACUCAAUAGCCAAUAAAUCAAUUCCUACACAUUAAAA